GCGGACCGGAAGUGCCCCAGCACGGCGGCUGUAGGGUCAGUUUGAGCUGUGGUGUCGCCAGGGUCCGGAGCCGUGAGGUCGCGGGCGGCUGAGUGGAGCCAGGCCGGGCGGGGGCCGCCGUCCCGGGCCUGAAUUCUUCGGUGUGCCCGGGCGUUGGCAUCGCCCGGCACUGCGGGCUCGGCUGUAACCCUCCUGCCACCUCCCACGACCAUGUUUCUGGCGCGCCUGACUUCGCUGUUCGCCAGGGCCAUCCCCUGGGCAGGGUGCAGUCGGCCCUGGCCUGUCUCCGCUGCACUGGGCAGCCUUGCCUGCCAGCGCCCACACAGUUUGCAGCCUGCAGGCCUGAGCAGGGCAGCCUCCCUUCCUGGCAAGGGCGCCCAGCUGGAGCUGGAGGAGUUGCUGGUUCCCAGGAAGAUGGCCAUUAGUCCCCUGGAGAGCUGGCUGACCGCCCGCUACCUCUUGUCCAGACUGGAUGUUGGGGCCCCAGGGACUGUGACUCCAGGCCAAUUCUAUGAGUGUCCACCUAGCCAAGUGGAGGAGGGGACCAAGCAAGUGGACGAAGGGGCCUGGGAUGCACCACAGAUGCAGUGCAAAAAUGUGCUGAAGAUUCGCCGGCGGAAGAUGAACCACCACAAGUACCGCAAGCUGGUCAAGAGAACACGGUUCUUGCGGCGCAAGGUCCGGGAAGGACGCUUGAAGCGGAAGCAGAUGAAGUUCGAGAAAGACUUGAAGCGCAUCUGGCUGAAGGCAGGCCUGAAGGAGGCCCCUGCGGGCUGGCAGACCCCCAAGAUCUACGUGAAGGUCAAAUGAGCCUGGAGUCCUGUUUCUGCACCCCACAUGCUGCUAGUGACCCAUUGUAAUAAACACUGGGAGGGCUCAGUGUCCUGGACUAACCUGGA